AUGGUGAAUUGUUCGCGCUCAGCACCUCCCGAUGUUUCCAUCAACAGCUCAAUGAUCUCAAUCGUGCUCACUUAUAUCUCGCUAUUUCUUUUUGCAUUCUUCGGCAAUUUCACAAUGUUUCUGAUAUUGUGCAGAAAUCAAUUGAUAAAAGUUCGGCGGGUUCAUUCAUUGCUUCUACACAUGAAUAUCGCUCAUCUUCUCGUCACCCUGAUUGUGAUGCCCAAAGAGAUUUUGCAUAAUUAUAUGGUUGCUUGGUAUGCUGGAGAUGUGCUAUGCCGUCUUUGCAAAUUCUUUGACGUUUUUGGUGUGAGCCUAUCAAUGAACGUGCUGAUUUGUAUAACUCUUGAUCGAUUCUACUCGAUAUUCUUUCCGUUAUACGCUAUGCGAGCGAGGAAAAGCGUCCAAAGAAUGGUUGCUGUGGCAUGGGGAGCAAGCUUCUUAACCUCAGCUCCACAGCUAUACUUGUUCAAAACUGCAGCACAUCCUUGUCAUAGUUGGUACACACAAUGCGUCUCGAAAAAUUUUAUCGGCGAACUCUCGAAUGAGGUUGUUUUCUAUUUUUCGAUUUUGAACAUUGCUCAAGUUUACUUCGUGCCGCUCAUUGUCACCGUUAUCUGCUACACCCUGAUUUUAUGGAAAAUUUCGAGAAAGAGCACGGAGAAAUCGAAUGAAAUGCUUCUAAGACGAAAUGGUCAGAAUAAUUUGGAAAGAGCCAAAAGCAGAACUUUAAAAAUGACAUUUGUUAUUGUUUUGGCGUUCAUUUUCUGCUGGACACCAUAUUCAAUCUUAAUGUUUCUUCAUUUUCUCUCAAAAACUGAUUGGAUUCCGAAAGAUGUCCGAAAAUUUAUCUACGCAUUUGCCGUGUUGAACUCGGCUGUUUCGCCAUACUUAUACGGAUAUUUCUCGUUCGACAUCAAAAAGGAGCUCGAACUUUUGGUGGCGUGCUCAAGAGCAACUGCGUCAGAUCGGCAUCUGUCUUGUUCGGCACAAGUUAGCCGCGGGUACGUUACAUAA